UCUGCAGCGACGCUCUGCCACUCCCUUGAACCGUUGCCAUUCCCCCCGAGGCUUGAAUUACAAUUAUGUAUUCUGAAUCAGUCUCUUGAAUGGAAGGCCUGAUUUCAUGCUGAACCCUACGGCAGAUCGGCUUUUGUACCGUGUACGUGUUGACCUCACAAUAUGCGCUAUACAACGAUAACGUGCUAGGAGGUCCUGUCGAUAGCGGGCGCACAUUUGGGUCUUUUACCUUGUUGUGAGGAAUUCUGGACAUCAUGAAAAGUACUUCGCGAACGGAAGCUUGGUUCAUAAAUCGGCUUUCUGAUUAGGUGCCUUCACGAGACGCAUGGAGGGCGGAGAAAUUUCCUGUUAGUUCUCUACCCCGUUCCGCCGAAGCACCUUACACCAUUUUCGCUCUUAUUUGACCCCCCACUUCCACAUCCUCUCUAGGGCAACGUGAUCUGAGAGCAAUAGUUGUUGGCCCCCCCAAGUCAUCGGAUACCACCCUUGUUCAUAUCUCCUUCCACCGACGCGAUCGCAACAGCCAUGAUAAAGCUCACGAACGUCACUCUCUCCUGUGAUUGCCGUGCGGAAGAAACCAAGUAUGUCGGCGGGCUAGGACAGAGUUGGUAGCUCAUGGUGGAAGACCUGUCAGGUUGUCCCUGAGGGAGAAAGCGGCGGUAGCAGAUCUGUAUCUCGAGGGUCAGGCUACUUGACACGUCAUGUGGUUGCACUGCAGACAUCCUCCUGAAGUGAUGCUGGAGGGAUUACGGACCUGCCUGACGAUGAAGACCUCCCUGGACCCCGCUCCAUGCCAGUGUUGCACUGCUGCUAAUACUGUUGAGAUUUAUCAUUCUUUAAAGCUCACUUCGUCGGUCUUGCUCCAAAAGAUCGAGGUGCUGACAUGGGCGGGUAUCAUAGCGAUCCGCACGAUACCCCAUCUUCCAAGGCAAUCGCACGAUCGCGAGUGAACCGAGCAAGUGACGAAGAUAGAAAUAUUACUUGAUCACGCUCGCGUCCCAUGGAAUAUACAGGGUGGGUUGCAGGCUCUCGGGCUUCGUCUCCGAUCAGUCAAAAUAGCCUUUUCCUUUCGUUACGAGAACUUCGUCGUGCAAAGCCGAGAGACAGCCCCAAUUUUUGCCCGUUGCGUUCAAUGCUGCACCUAUCUUCAUGCUCUCAGUUCGCUGCUUUCGCACCCAACACAUCCUCUUGCAUAAAUUGCAUCGCGUCUCGGUGGGAGCGGCCAUUAGCCUUUUUGAAAAAGACUACUCGUGCUUGGUUCUCCGGAGAGGGUUAGGUCGUGGCUCGUGUAUCCUGUCGUUCGAAAGAGUCAGGUGAAUGUCGAUGGGAAGAGCGGGUGCAAUGCUAUUAUUGACGUGUCUUCGCUUCCGAAACUCAGACUUCAUUACUAUCCGCCUAGUUGCCGACAUGUAAUUGCGUCGGCCACAUCCAAAAUAUCGCGGAUGGCAUUAAAAGAGCACCCGGGCACUUAUAGGCUUAUAAGAAACCAGUUUCCCUCUUUUCCAUAUGAUUCCAUCUCGAGUUAUAACGGACUGUACACGACCUCUCGUCUCGUCUCCUCUAUUUGAUGAUGGGAAUCUCAGUCAGUUAGACGACCUGGCUCGGUUGAGGAAAUCAUUUGCCAAAGCCAAAGCUAUUGCUAUUAGUCAUGGCAUUAACUCUUACGAUGUGCUCCACUGUACAGAAAAUUUUUGGAAUAUGUAUCUUGAUCCCAUAAUUGUCCGGGAUCCCUCUUCUUUCACGCUCCUCACCAUCCAGCUGAAUCUGGUCGCGGGAAUGGUGUGUUACUUCGCAGACAAGAGCCGAGACUCGGACCUUGCACGCCUAGUAGAACGUAUUGUCAGCUUUGAUAUAUCCACUGCAUUCCUCCUAACUGAAGUUGGACAUGGAUGGGAUGCUUUGAACCUCGAAACCACCGCAACACUUCUCCCAGACGGGUCAUUCGACUUACAUACACCUCGUCGAGGUGCAGAGAAGUACAUGUCGAGUACUCUUCCGGAUGUUGGGCACCCAUGUUUCGGAGUGGUCAUGGCUCGACUCAUUACCGAUCAAGAAACCGAUCGGGGAGUCCGAACGUUUGUGAUUCAGCUCAAUGAUGGAAAAACGAUGUGUAAUGGAAUUACUGCUCGGCGUUUACCUGGAAUGUCUGGCAUUCCGCCUUUGGGUCACGCAAUGACUCGCUUCAACCAUGUAACUCUUCCGCCCACAGCACUCCUCGGCCCUCUCGAAACUAUCCUUCCCUCACGACACCAGUUCCUUGCAGACGGAUGGCGUAUCAACAUCGGAGCUGCGACAGCAACGGCUGCUUCCACGAUUCAUCCUCUCCAAAUCGCUUGUUAUAUAGUGACCAAGUACAGUCAACGCCGAAAAAUGGGUACCCCUCCGGUGCCCAUUAUCAGCUUUCGAACACAGUACCGUCCAAUCCUCCAUGCAUUAUCACGAUCCCUCGUUUUUCGAGCGUUCUUCAUCCAACUUCGAUCAGCAGGGCACUUUGACGUCGCUUGGGAGAAUCGAGACGACUUUGCAGAAUUUCAAGUUCGGAGUGGAUAUGCGACGAUAUUCAAGGUGCUAGGUAUGAACUUGACUCGCGAAUCUCUUGCCGACCUUCGUGAAAGAUGUGGGGCACAAGGAUUAUUUGUGCAUAACCAAUUGUUGGACGGGGAAGCUACAUUUAAAGGCUCUAUGAUCGCCGAAGGAGAAUCUCUUGGUCUUAGUAUACGUCAGUUUUUUUUUUCUCGAGCCCUGAUCCCGCCAUACAUCCUGACUGCCCAAAUAAGGCCUUGCGGUCGAGGUCCUCCUUGGUCGUUAUGUCUUCCCUCCAUCGCAGAACCCGAAGCAUCCCCUCUCCUUACACGAAAGUUCCAUCAUUGCCGAGCUCCAAUCCCUCAUUUCGCUCUCCAACAAAACCGAAGACACGCGGUCGAACCGCAACAAGCGAUUCAAUGACUUGGUCCUUCCUCAGGCCAACUUUCUUGUUGAAGCCAUCGGCGCACGUAUGGCAUACGAGAGCGCUUUGUUAGAUCCUCAAAUGGAUCCAUCCGUCGUCGAGUUAUUUUCUAUCGGCUGUAUACAACGGGAUCUGGCAUGGUACGUUGAACACCGGGUUCUUUCUCGACAAGAAGUUCUUGCACGGGAAGCGGACGUACUUGAUGCACUUUUACCCAAGCUGGAAGAGCUGUUGAGCCGCACGGGAAUCGAACCAUACGUAUACGCAAAGAUCUGUAGGGAAGACUUGUGGAAUGAGUUCAUUGAUGGACUUCCUGUUGUCGCAGGCGAUGAGUUAAAGGCGAAGUUAUAGGGUUGUUUUGAGUCUGUACCUAUAGUUGAGCCUCCGAGUCGCAACUGUUUCGGAGGGUUUCGGGAAAAUCACACAGAAUUCAUGCGGCUUCGAACCAGUACUGGGCCAGUACGUUUAUGGACAAGAAUAAG